GUCAGAAGGUCACUGAAACAGCAACAAAGAUGGCUGUGCCCGGCAUGUUAGCAAGAGCGACGUGCAUAGCGUUUGGAAGGUUACGGCCGGUUUUCAGGCAGCCGAGAAGAUGGCACCGUCUCUCCCCGACAGACGACGAGCUGUACGUCCGCACCACCAUCAGCCUGCUGGAGAAACAGAACCCACAGGACAUCUUCAUCAGUAACUACAGCGAGCGCGGCUUCACCAUCAGGGGGGACAAGGUGCUGGGACCUGUCGCCAUCGUGCCUCGCACCAUCUUAAGCUGGGACGUUGCUGGUCCUCAGGACAUCAACAGAGAAAGUUUAUCACUCUUCUACAUAAUGGAACCCAAAAUAGAGAUUGUUGUCCUGGGUGUAGGCAGUGAACACAUCAAGCUGGACCCAGAGCUACACAAGUUCAUGAGACAGAAGGGCAUUGCACUGGAGGUCCAGGACACGGCCCAUGCCUGUGCUACGUUUAACUACCUGGUGAGUGAGGGGAGAGUAGCAGGAGCAGCACUGAUCCCUCCCAGAGCUAAGGAAGGACUUCUCAUCCAGCGGUAGCACUGAAGACAUCAGACAUCAUUUGCAAAAGUAGCCUAGAAACUCGAAGUCAUGUGUAUGUUGCCUGUACUAGUAUAUGCUACUGUCAUUUUAAGUUAUUUUAUCUAAGAUCACUAGUAUCAAAAAAUGAAUGACAGAAAACAAGGCAAAGAGUUAUCUGCGUAAGACUUUAUUAGUCCUGUAUCUGCAACUUUACUGACAAGAUCCAAUAAUUUAUGGUUUUACAUCUAUUCACACAUCUUAACCAUCAACACAAAGGUCACUUCUGCACUUCAGACAUAUUUAGCACUUGUUUUUUUCAAACCACUUGUCCAAAUUUACAAGGCAACUAUAGUAUGAGCAGCAAUAGUACAAUAUAUUUGACCACAAACUUGCCGCUAGAUAGUUCAAUGUGUACAUUGACAAAUUUUUCUCCAUAACUUACAGACAGCCACAGAUAGUUGUAGAAAGGACUGAGUCUCCAAAAACAGUUCUAGCUAUAUACAUACAUGUACAUCAAUAUUUCAAAGCUUUGUAUAGUUCAACAAUAUGGGGAAAGUCCCCAGUAUGUAAGCCUGUCAAAUAAAGAUUAGAAAUUUGACUUAGGUCAAUCA